AUGAGCUCGAUGUUUGACCCAGACUCGGAGUCCGAGGAAGAUCACCGAGAGAAAGGGAAGUGUAUCAUUCAGACCUCGGAGUCAACUUUCCGACGCCUGCGUGCGACCGAGGCAGAAUGCCUUCAGACCGGAUACCAACAGGUAUGGCUCUAUGCCAUGCGAUAUUAUCCUCUGAUGCCCCCGGACCCCAAGAACACUGAUGAUCUGUUGGCCAAACCGACUCGCGCUAAGCCGGACCCGCGCGCGAUCUACGACAUGGCCCAUCUUGCUCAUCAGCUCGGGUUUCGAUCCCCAGAAAUUGAUGGGCUGCUGAACAGUUCUCCGGAUCACCAAAUUGCACGAUCGGCCCUUCUCCAGGCCCGAAAGUCAGGGCGAUAUCGAUACAAUGACCAGCAGUUUGAUGUUCUGGUGCGCCGAAUUGUAGAUUGUUUUACUGAAGCUGUACCCGAUCAGCCUGGUCCCUCGCGAGAUCUUUUGGCAGACAGUACCGUCAAGGCGCACGCUCGAUCUGGGGUACCACAGACCCGUACCCAUGUGCAAGAUGCCCCAUUUUUAUUUUUAGAUAGAUUGCAUGCUGAUGUCGAUGUCGCCGACACCAUCACUAGCUUUUUUGUUCGCCGUUGUGUCUUUUUCGCAUUUUUGGGAAAGCCGCCAACGGCUGAUCCCAUCAAUAACAGAAGAUGUGGCAAUUUGAAUGCAGAUCAAAGGUUGGAAGGGGUAGUGGAAUCGCCCUUGUUUGUUGAAAAGGACGGUGUGCCGGGUGCGCCGGGCUUGGAUACGUCUGGACGGCACAUGGACACAUCCGGCAGGUCAUCUCUUCUCCGAAGGAGCAACACUACAACACGCCAGCUAGUUUCCUGCGAGACUGACACUUCAGAAAUUGCACCCGAGCCUAUGGACUUGGAUUUUCUGGAGCCAACUCUAGACCAGGACAGCUUUGAUCAAAGAAGUCCAUUGGAUGGAGAUCACUCUACUCCCAGAGGGUCACUGAGCGAAUCCGUGCUGGAAAUGGUCCCUUCUCAUCACGCGUCUGGAGCCAAUGCAGAGCUUGGGGAUGCUAGAAGUGAAUGUACUCAGAUCUCGUUGGAAACAGUCUCGAUGGAAUGGAGUCAGGGCGAGCGAGCAACAGGAGAGGAACCCAACCCCGACACUGGAUCUGUCCUUGGAAUUGCUGCUCAGGCAUCUAUCGAUCCUGCAGCACAGCGACGAUCUUCUUCAGAAACGAUAAUAUUGUCAGAAGAACGCCGUCCCUCCAGGUCUGAAGAACUAGAAGCUUUUCUCGGUGGCCUGAGGAGGGCCCAAGUGGAGCAAGAGGAGUUGGAAAAAAGGAUGGAGAGCGACCGGCUCAAUGAAGAGCUCAAUCUGCUCUAUCAUAAUCAAGCUUUACCGAGAGACUUGCUUCAAUUAGGUCAAACUCAGAAUUUGUCACUGCCGACCUCUGCUAACCAGCAAUCGGAAGCAACAUACAGAGAGACCGGGCACAUCGCAACAAAACCUGUCGACCCCAAUUGUCAAACGUCUACACAACCGCUUAUCGAAAUCAAGUUCUGGUCACUCGAGCGAGGUCAGUGGAAUCAAUCAGACUGUCUCCUCGUAGACCGGUUGGAUCCCUCACCUAUGGAGCGACUCGCACGGAAGUACUCAUGCAAAGGAUAUACACUCUACGAUGUGAACCUCAAGAGCCUUCGUCCAGCCCAUUGUUACCGCGCAGCAACAGCGGAUGAUACCAAUGCGAUAUUCUUGAUUUCCACACAUGAAGAGAAGAAUAUUGUGGCCACGGACGGAUUAAAGAAGGAGGAAAAACUGAUGUCCAUGUCCGCUCGCGUUGUGGGACGUGCAGGUGAGCGAUGA